ACUGGGAGUAAUUCUGUUUUUUUAAACAACUUGGAUGAGCAGAGAGAAAGAGUGUGUGUCUUGUGUUUCUGUCUGUGCGCAUGAAUUAUUAAUCUUUGAAAACAUGACUAGAAACAAUACAAAGCAUAACAAAACAUGAUUAUAAGCUCCUCAUAAUAAGAAAUGUAAAAUUCAUAAGAUGUUUUCAAUGUUUCUAAUUUUAGGAUAUUACAAAGUUGAUGUCCACAUUGAGGAGAACCAGGAAAAACAAGAGAAACCUCUUUGGCAAGUAAUAUUCAUUGAUAAUAAACCACGGAGUAAAGAAAAGCAGAUAAUUUUAGAUAACACAACUCUAUUUAACCACAGAACUGUUUCAAAGGAGAAAUGCUUUGAUCUUAAUGAUUGUGGGAGAUCCUGUGACAAAGCCACUAUUGUGGAAUAUGAUGAAGUUCAGAUGACUGUGACACACUAUGAAUGUAAUGAAAGUGGAAAUAAUUUCAACAGGAAUUUACUCCUCAUUCAACCUCAGAGAACUGUUACAAGACAUGGUGCUUUUGAAAGCAGUAAAUGUGAAGAAAACUUGACCCAAAGCUCAGCCCAUCUGGUACAUCAGAAGACACAAACUGGAGAUAAGGUCUGUGUUUUUAAUGGAUGUACAAGUGCUUCCUACCAGGACUUAAACCUUACAAUACAUCAGAGAACUCAGACAGAAGAGAAAUUCUACCAAUGUGGUAAACGUGGGGAAUCCUUGCAUCAAAACUCACUUUUCAGUGUACAUCAGGAAAAUGACAUAGGAGAGAAGGCAUUUGAAAGUAAUGAAUGCAGGAAGUUCUUUUACCAGAAAGCACACCUCAUUCAGCAACAGAGGACCCACUCAGAGGAGAAGACUUGUGAAUGUGAGGAGUGUGGGAAAUUCUUCUGUUCAAAUUCACACACUAGUCAUUAUCCUGGAACUCAUAUGGGGGCCUGUCUCUAUGAAUAUAAUGAAUGUGAGAAAACUUCCUGUCAGAUGUCAAACCUCAGUGAACAUCUGACAGUUCACACAAAAGAGAAACCUUAUAACAGUGAAUGUGGGGAAUCUUACAAGAAGUGCGCCCUCUUAGUACAUCAGAGAACACACACAGAGGCUGAACUCUAUCAAAGUAAUGAAUAUGGGAAAUCAUUCUCCAGGAUGGCACAGCUCAAAGAACAUCAGAGAAUUCACACAGGGGAGAAACCGAAUGAAUGUAUUGAAUGUGGGAAAACUUUCUCUAAGACAUCACAUCUCAGAGCACAUAAGAGAACUCACACAGGCAAAAAGCCCCAUGAAUGUAUUGCAUGUGGGAAAACUUUCUCUAACAAGACACACCUCAGUGCACAUCAGAGAAUUCAUACAGGGGAGAAACCCUAUGAAUGUAAUGCAUGUGGGAAAACUUUUCCCCAGAGGACACACCUCGGUACUCAUCAGAGAAUUCACACAGGUGAGAAACUGUAUGAAUGUAGUGAUUGUGGGAGGUCUUUUGCCCAUAAUUCAACCCUUAGAACACAUCAGAGAAUCCACACAGGGGAGAAACCCUAUGAAUGUAAUGCAUGUGGGAAAACUUUCUCUAAGACAUCACAUCUCAGUACACAUCAGAGAAUUCACACAGGGGAGAAACCCUAUGAAUGUAAUGCAUGUGGGAAAACUUUCUUCAAGACAUCACACCUCAGUGCACAUCAGAGAAUUCACACAGGGGAGAAACCCUAUGAAUGCAUUGCAUGUGGGAAAAGUUUCACUCAUAAUUCAGCCCUCCGAGUACAUCAAAGAAUGCACACGGGAGAAACCACAUGAAUGUAAUGAAUGUGGGAAAACUUUCGCUCGUAAGGCAGUUCUUCGAGUACAUUAUAACAGAAGGCACACCAGAGAGAAAAACCUUCCAUGUAGUGAAUUUGGAAAGUUCUGAAGAAACUGAUUAUUAAAACACACAGUGGAGAAGGCCAUGUCACACAGACUGCAAAUUGUUUCCUUUAACUAUUUCCUCUUCUAAUAGGCACAAGCAUGUCUAAAUUUCCCAAUCUGCCUUUCAUCCAGGUGGGGCUGGCCAUGGGUUAUUAUGCUGUUACAUAUCAGCUAAGUUUAGCCUUAAAAAUUGCAUUCUUCCUGUUCUGUUAUUCAUACUGGAAUGGAGAAAUUUGCAAGGCAGACUUGUGUGCUGUAUAUUGAGCAUAGAGCACAAGGUAGUGAUGAAACAAUUUUCCACUAACAAAUCUUCGCGGUUUUUUUUU